UUUCUUUUCUUAGUUGCAGAAGCAGUUUGGAUUUGAGUAUCAAACACUGGUGGAUGGUGAGGUUAUCCUUCAUCUGUACAACAGAGGAGGGAUAGAACAAACAGCAUCCAUGCUGGAUGGUGUAUUUGCUUUCAUCCUUCUGGACACAGCGAACAGAAAAGUGUUUCUUGCAAGAGACACGUAUGGAGUCAGACCACUGUUUAAGGUGCUGACUGAUGAUGGAUUUUUGGGUGUCUGUUCUGAGGCAAAAGGACUUAUCAACUUAAAGCUUUCAACAUCCUUAUUUCCUAAAGUGGAACCAUUUCUUCCUGGUCAUUAUGAAGUGCUGGAUUUGAAGCCCUCUGGCAAGGUUGCAUCAGUGGAAAUAGUAAAGUUUCAUAGUUAUAAAGAUGAACCACUCCAUGCUGCUUGUGAUACAGUGGAAAAUCUGCCUUCAGGCUUUGACCUUGAAACAGUGAAGAGCAACAUCCGUGUUCUGUUUGAAAAUGCUGUUAGAAAGCGUUUGAUGGCUCACAGAAGGAUUGGUUGUCUUUUGUCAGGGGGCUUAGAUUCCAGCUUGGUUGCAGCUGUUCUUCUGAAACUGAUGAAAGAAAUGAACAUAAAAUAUCCACUACAAACCUUUGCAAUUGGGAUGGAAAACAGUCCUGAUUUACUGGCUGCCAGAAAGGUGGCAGCGCAUAUAGGCAGCGAACACCAUGAAGUAAUAUUUAAUUCUGAAGAGGGAAUUCAGGCAGUAGAGGAGGUUAUCUUUUCUUUGGAAACCUACGAUAUAACAACAGUAAGAGCUUCAAUUGGUAUGUAUCUUGUCUCCAAAUAUAUACGCAAGAAAACAGACAGUGUGGUCAUUUUUUCGGGAGAAGGAUCAGAUGAGUUGACUCAGGGAUAUAUAUAUUUCCAUAAGGCACCAUCUCCUGAAGAGGCUGCAGAAGAGAGUGAGAGGCUUCUGAAGGAGCUCUACCUGUUUGAUGUACUUCGUGCAGACAGAACUACUGCAGCACAUGGUCUUGAGCUAAGAGUCCCAUUUCUGGAUCAUCGCUUUACUUCUUACUAUUUAUCUCUACCAGCAGAACUGCGAAUCCCAAAGAAUGGAAUCGAGAAAUACCUUUUAAGACAGUCCUUUGAAGAUUCUAACUUGCUUCCCAAAGAAAUACUUUGGAGACCCAAAGAAGCUUUCAGUGAUGGUAUAGCAUCAGUAAAGAAAUCCUGGUUUUCUAUUCUUCAAGACUAUAUUGAUCAACAGGUUGAUGACCUUCUACUGGAAAAGGCAGCGGAGAAAUAUCCUUUCAAUCCUCCUAGAACAAAAGAAAGUUACUACUACCGUCAGAUCUUUGAGAAGCACUACCCAGGGCGAAGCAACUGGCUGCCCCACUACUGGAUGCCAAGAUGGGUUAAAGCAACUGAUCCUUCAGCUCGCACACUGAAACAUUACAAGUCAGCUACUCAAGAGUAGCUGUUGAUAGAAUCAACCCUAAAUGCAAGUGCUGCAAGCAAUUUGCACGUGCUCUCCUUUAAAAGAAAAAAUAAAUAUGCAAACCUAAAGUUUAAGUGGUCUUUGGGAUAGAUUUUGAAAAUGCUAUUGAAAAUAAGAGCUUUCUGUAGUUAUCCUAUUACAGAAUUCAUCCUGCUGUACCAAAAUUUUGAAAUUCAUGGGAAAAUACUUUAUAGAAAACUUUGGUUCCUUAUGUGAUGGUCUCAAAUGUAUUGAUUUGCCUGGCAGUCAUUUAACGUGUUUUAUUGUGAACUCUGCACUGAGGAAUCAAGGCAAAGUGAUGCAAACUGUUGUGUGUCCUCUGAGAAUAAGGCAAGUUCACUUGAGCUGGUUAGUGAUUUGUAUGCCUCAGUGUGGGUUUGGAUAUAUUACUCUGUUCUGAAUGUCUUUCAAGUAAUUCAUGAGAACUUUGGUCUAGUUUUGAAAAGAAUACAUAGCUAUGCAGAGGUGCUUACUAGAGUUGAUAAUGGUGGUGGUGCUGGAUCAUACUUAAAUGAAACCAAUGGGAAUCUUCCUUGUUACCAUAAAGCCACAAGUUGUCCCUUUUGAAUCUUUUAAAUAUACCACCUGUCUAAAGUUAGCUAUGACUAUUAUCAAAGAGAAGCUGAGUUAUGUCUUCGUUUCUAACUCAGGGGCUUCAAUUUUUAAAUGUAUUUAUUAUUCUUGAAAAUAGAGCGUUAACGGGGUCAUUUGUGUCAGUCGAAUGGAAGUUACAUGACUAAGUAUUUCAAGCAUUUUUUCACUUAUGGAAGACGGAAAGGUAGACUGUUGCCACUCAGCUGCAUGUGAUCGACUGCGUGGUGAGCCAGCCCUCUUAGCCAUAGAUUGUUGUUAGACAAAGCACCUUCAAAGACAAUGGGAUUAGGGACCUUGCUUAAGAAAAUGGAAAAAGAAAAGAAAAACGAUUUCAUUAAGCAUAAGAAUUUUUAAUGCUCUACCA